AUGGCGGCGAUGGCGGCGGUGAAGGCGAUGGAGGUGGCCUGCGUGUUUAGUCCAGAGGACUGGCAAGCGGCCGGCGAAACCUCGCCGCUGGGCUUCAAGUGCAGCGGCAGCUUCUGUGGUCGGAACAUUGAGAAGAUCUACCAGGAAGCCAAGAGCAGCGGGCGGCCCUGUGAUCUCGGCGCCGCAGUGCAGGCGCUGAGGAAGGCGACGCACGUGCUGGUGAUCAGCGGCUUCUUCGUGCUUUGGCCGCAAGGCCCUCCGCCCUUCCACGGCAGCUGUGAGACGGAUGGGCCGCUGGGCGCGCUGGCGGUACUGCGGGCGCUGUGCGCACGAGGCAUCAAGGUCUCGCUUUUUUGCGACGUCCACAACGGUCCAGUGAUGAAGAAGGCCUACGACUCGAUGCUGGCGCAUUUCAAGGAACACGACCCAGGCUUCUGGGAGGUGCUCUGCUCCAAAAGCCGCUGCCUGCCCUUUGUGGCAGACGACGAAGCGGCGGACGGAGGCCAGCUGGAGCUGCUCAGAAGAGAGGUCUUUGGGGAAGAGGCCACCACCGAGCUGCAGGACCGUUGCUUGCGCACCUGUCGCGGUUUGGCGCGGGUGCUGGAUGAGCCCGUGGACGCCCUCUUCGCGCUGGAGAGGGGCAUGCAGAUGCACACGAAACGUCCGCUUUGGAGACUCCCCAAAGAGGGCCCGGGCCUAUUUUUGGGCUUCAUGUGA